UUGCUGCUUGUGUCGCUCGCCUUGGUCGUGGUUGUUAUAUUUAUAAACGUGACUUGCAUCGGGCUUAUCGCCAGUUUCUGGUUGAUCCUCGUGAUUAUCCUCUGCUAGGCUGUACUUGGCAGGGUCAUCUCUACUUUGACACAUUUUUACCUAUGGGGCUCUGCUCCGCAGCUAUGGCCUCUCAGCGCAUCACAUCUGCGGUGUGCUACAUUUGUUCCGAGGCCGGUUUUACUGUUCUGAACUACGUGGAUGAUUUUAUGGGCGUGGAGCCAGCUUCUCGGGCAUGGAAGUCGUAUUUUUAUCUUGAAGAUCUUUUGUCACGCUUGGGACUACACAAGUCCAUUUCAAAAGCCGUCCCUCCAGCGCAGAAAGUUACUUGUUUGGGUGUUGAGGUCAACACUUUAGACAUGACUUUAUCAGUGGAUUCUUCUCGGCUUGCCGCGCUACAGUCGCUACUUCAACUGUGGCUUACCAAGCGCAUGUGUACUCAAAAGCAGUUGCAGUCGCUAGUUGGUCAUCUUAUGUUCGUGUCAAAAUGUGUGCGGCAAAGUCUGAUUUUUGUGUCUCGUAUUCUUGAACUUUUGCGGCGCUUGAAGGCACCUCACCAUCAUCUUCGCCUUACAUCUGAGUUUAAGAAAGAUCUUCAUUGGUGGUUACGUUUUCUUCCACUUUAUAACGGAGUUUCUCUUAUUCCGACUUCACCAUGGACAUCACCAGAUGCAGUUUUCUCCACGGACGCUUGUCUUUCAGGCUGUGGGGGUAUUUCUUCCACGGCCUUCUUUCAUUCUCCUUUCUCAGACAGCGUGCUACAGCGUUGCAGUGCAAUUCAUCACUUAGAGCUUCUGGUUAUUAUGGUAGCUGUGCGUCUGUGGGGUCAUCUCUGGUCCGGACAACGCAUUCAAGUUUUUUGUGACAAUGAGGCGGUAGUGACGGUUUUAAUCUCAGGUCGCACCAAGGAUCCAGUCUUGGCUCAGUGUUUGCGUGAGAUCUGGUUUUCAACCGCUCAGGCUCAUUUCGAGUUACGUGCAGUGCAUUUAACCUCCAAGGACAAUCGAGUUGCAGAUUAUCUGUCUCGUUGGCAUCUUUCUGCUACUUACCGUGAUUAUCUUAUUAACAAUCAUCUGCUUGAGGAAUUAAAAGCUGAGCAUUUGUCCCCCGACGUCUUUGAUUUUGUGGCUAACCUUUAGCCUUGUGUUUCUUUUCAGUGGCUGAAUUACACCGUCUGCGCAGACAACUCCAGUUUAUUUGACAUGCAGCUUACGCUGAAGGAACUCAUAAAAAUCACCAGACUCAGUGGAGAACAUUUUUCUUGUUUUGUUUCUAUUUUGAGUUUUUCCUCCCUUCUGGCCAUGAUAGACACUUCAGCUCUCUAUGCUCAAUUUCUGAGUCGUCCAUUGACUCCACCAUCUGUACGAAAUUAUGUUAGUACGGUUAAACUGUUGCAUGUCAUUACCGGGCAUUCAAUAUCUCAAUUUACUAGUUACGAAUUACGUAUCACCUUACGUGGAUUAGAGCGUUUAGCCCAGCAUGUUCUCUCUCAUGCACCCCCCGUCACCCCGGCCAUUCUUUGCAAGUUGGUGUCCCAGGUGAACCUCCAGGACCCUAGUCUUGUCUCCUAUUGUGCUGCCUUUUUGUUCACCUUUUUUCUGCUGGCCAGGGUAUCUAACAUUGUUCCUAGGUCACGUAGCCGCAUGCAUGCUUCUUUUUGUCAAAGACGUUCCGAUAUUGUUUUUACCACAGAUGGGUUGUUAGUUACUUUUCAUUGAACUAAAACUAUUCAGUUUGGGCGACAGCGCUUAUCAUUGCCCUUGUUAUCGAUGCUGGGUUCCCCCAUUUGUCCAGUACAUAUGUUUUCCUUGAUGUGUUCCCUGGUUCCUGCUCCUAGUGAUUCCCCUGCAUUUGUUUUUCCGGGGGCCGGGGGAAAAUUAGUCCCGAUUGUUAAGUCUCAAUUUGUCUCAGUCUUUUGUGACUUGUUGCGACGCGCGGAGAUCCCUGACUCUGAUCGUUUUCCCGGUCAUUCUUUCCAUCGUGGUGCUGCUUCAAGGGCGUUUCAUUUAGGGGUUCCUGGGGAGAUCAUUCAGGUUUACGGCGACUAGGGGUCCAAUGCUUAUAAAUCAUAUUUAGAAUUUUCCUUUUCCGCCAAGCUUCAGCUUGCAUAGCGUAUGCAUCUCGCCCUCUCUCCUUAGUUUUUUUUCUUUUUUUUUUUUCUUUCUUCGGUUCCUUUUUGGGUGUUUGGCAGUCAGAGAGGUUUAUUUGUUAGUUAUAUUGUACUUGUAGGUUUUAUUCAAAUAAACUUCUCUCGUAUGCCAAAAACGAUCUCUGUUAUUGUGUUAUUCUUAUAGCAUUACACAUUGGGAAUUCGUCCAUUUUGGGACUUCCGGCUCAAAAUAUUUAAUUCCCUUUUUCAGCGAGAGGGCGCGGAUGUUAUUGUUAGAUAAUUGAUAGUAUCGAGUAUCAAUAGCACACAUACUUGUUAUAUAUUGCGUGAUUUUUCAGUUGCAUUGUAGUUUGUCUUGUUAAAGGAUCAGAGCAUUAUCUGCUGUAGUAUAACCAAAAUUUUCAUUUACCCAGCCCACCCUCCCGUGGGUCAGAGAGGUUUAUUUGUUAGUUAUAUUGUACUUGUAGGUUUUAUUCAAUAAACUUCUCUUUUAUGCCAAAAACGAACCGUGUUAUUGCGUUAUUCUUAUCGCAUUACACAUCGGGAAUUAUAAUGUUUGAGUAGUGCCAGUAAGGAGAAUUAACUCUUGAAUAGAACUACAUGUAAUUAAAUUGUGUUAAGAGUGUAUGUUCAGCUGGUUGUUUUUGCAGUUAUGAAUAAGAACUCAAGAAAUUGAAGACCUAGGAUGUUUGACUACUACAUUGUAAAUUUAACUGCAGCUAUGAUCAGGCACAGAGGCACCGGUGUACAAAGAGAUGGCAAUGUUCAAAGUACUAUUUUCCAACACAAUAACAUGAAAUUCCUGCUUGUUAAUUGGAAGAACUACUAUUGGUUUUUCUGGAAUUUUGAAUCAACAAAGAAUGAUUGCACUACGGAAAAUCUUCUCAUAACAAUACAUAAGUUAGUUGUAAUUCUGAGUUUAUUCUAUCUUACUAUUUUGUGGAUGGUUUGUGGAAAAUUGUUACUUGCAUUAAGAAAAUAAAAUUUGAUUUUUCAGACAUAAAACCCCGGCUCGUCUCGUCUCACAGCUUCGCCACGUGCCUCCUGGCCCAAAAACAAGAGCCUGCUCGCAGGAUUCCUUAUAAACAUGUCAUCAUGCACAGCACGUUAUUUUGUGCUUCCAUGUUGUUUGUUUGACUUUAACUGCAAGGUACUAACUUUUGUUUUUGUCAGCUUUAUUAAUUCAAUAGCCUUUGUUUUGACCCUUGGAGACUUCAUGCUACAAUGAGGAUGCUUGGUGAGCCUUACUUUUGACUCACACUCCAAAUCUGAACAAAAAUUACAUAGGAAAAUCUUCCUUACAAGACUUAGUAAAGUUUGUUUCAUUAAUGUAUAAUUAUGGUAAAGGCUGGUUUUCACUAGCGCAUAACCUGAUGAUAUGCAUAAGGCGACAUUAACACAGUAGAGCGUUGCUAAGUACCACCCUUUAUUAGAAGAAUUUCCUAACAAAAGGCACUAAUUAUUGUCAACAUUUUACUGCGUCUGCAUAUGUCGGCUUUUGCUUAUGCUUAUGCUUAUGCACCAGUGAAAGCCAGGCUUAAAAUACAGUCUUUUCCAUUAUGUUACGAUGUUGUCUAACCUUUAUUAUGGUACCCGCACGUUAUUUUGACUCUUGCAAGGGAUUGAAAACGAGAACAGGUGAAACUAGAGAAAAAGUGCGACUAAAACAGUUGAUUACGAACACUGGUACAAGAUUUGUGUGAGGAGAGGGAAAAAUCAAUUGAUGCAAGGCAACUGGUCGGUGAUAGCGCAGAUAUGACCAUUUGUUGCCAUUUAUAGUUGAUUUUCAGAUAAGUUUUCAUUCUUUUCUUGUUCAAAAUGUUGGAAGAGCACUUGAUUGUUUCAGAGGAAGCGAUGCCUCAUUCUUAAGAGGCGCCCUCUGUAAAUUUCAACUAUGGCCAUUUGGACCAGAAA